CAAGAUAAAAGUCCUCUCACAAACAGUUGCUUUCCUGUUGCUGACAGUCACACACCCACUCUCUCAAGAAUGGCAGGGAAAAAGGCAUUAGUAAUCCUCUCUGAAGGUGCAGAAGAGAUGGAAACAGUUAUACCUGUGGACGUAAUGCGUAGAGCUGGGAUUGCUGUGAUGUUGGCAGGGUUGACGGGCAAAGAGCCUGUGCAGUGCAGCAGAGAUGUCUACCUUGUUCCUGAUGCCAGCCUGGAGGAUGCACGCAAGCAGGGUCCGUAUGAUGUGGUUUUUCUGCCAGGGGGAGCUCUCGGUGCCCAGCACCUGUCAGAGUCGCCUGCUGUGAAAGAGGUGUUGAAGGACCAGGAGGACAGGAAAGGGCUGAUCGCUGCCAUCUGUGCAGGUCCCACGGCGCUCCUGGCACACGGUAUUGCCUACGGCAGCACAGUCACCACCCACCCUGGUGCCAAGGACAAAAUGAUGACUGGUGGCCACUACAAGUAUUCUGAGGCUCGAGUCCAGAAGGAUGGCCAUCUCAUUACCAGCCGCGGGCCAGGAACCAGCUUUGAGUUUGCCCUGGCCAUUGUAGAGGAGCUCAUGGGGGCUGAAGUUGCUGCUACUGUCAAAGCACCCCUGGUUCUGAAAGACUGAGUGGUGUUGAGCCUUUCAAACUAAACCCUAAGUACUCUGCACUGUUCAUCAUGGUACAAAUGCCAAUUAUUGUGAACAAAGAAUCAUUAUUUUCAGGAUAAUGUGCAAUAGUAAGAAUAUGCAUUUUUAUUAUUCUCUUCUAUCCUUCCCUGGGACAUGUUGCCCCUGCACUUUAAGCAUCAGUGAUUUGGGAUUGUUAAUGCUUUUGUAUAGGAAAAUCACCAAUGUUAAAUUGUAUUGAUUUAAAUAUCAAAUAUAUUGCUGUCUUUACUGUCCAAAAGCACUGAUGUAGCUUCAUCAUUAAAGUCAACUGAGCCCCCUUCAGA